AUGACAGUGAGGAAAAUAGCUAUUCUUUACACGGAUGAAGACAACGAAUGGAGUAAACCAUGGGGAAAUUUUGUUGACAUGGCUGUUAAGCUAUUAGAACAAACGAAAAAACUGGAAUUUGUCAAAGAAGAUGUCGAGUACGAAGUAUUUCACGUUCAAAAUGGCCAGUUUCCCAAACUAUCAGAACUUCAAAAAGAUGAAUAUCUGGGGAUAUAUAUCACCGGUUCCAAAUACGAUUCCUUUGACAACAAAAUUGAAUGGAUUAUAAAGUUGAGAGAUUUUUUGAACGAAAUGUUAACUAGCAAGGUUGAGUACCCACCUGUUGCAGGAAUUUGUUUUGGUCAUCAGGUGAUUGCGGCUGCCCUAGGUAGUUCAGUGGGUCGGAAUCCAAAAGGUUUUGAAGGUGGGGUUGUGUCACUGAGACUAAACUCGCUGGGCCAAGAGUUAUUUGAAAGCGAAACAUUAAACCUUUCCGAGGUGCACAAUGACUGCGUUUUCAAUGUCCCAGAUGGAUAUCAAAAUUGGGCAUCAAGUGACAAAUGCCAAAACCAAGGGUUUUAUCGGAAAAAUAAAGUGCUGACAUUUCAGGGGCAUCCUGAGUUCACCAGUGAGGUUGCUCAAAAGGGAUUAUUGAAGUCCCAAGACAAGCUUGAUCCUAAAGAGUUUGAUAGGUACGAAAGACAGUGUCGGGAGCUAAAUAACGAUGGAAUAAGAGCGGCCAGGAAUAUUUGGAAGUUAUUCUUGCAAGGGGUAUGA